GAGAGAGAGAGGACAGUGAGGAGAGAGGGAGAGAGGAGGGCAGCGUGUUGAGGGCUGCUGUGGAUCAGAAAAUAAAGUCAAGCAAUUAUCUGGAGCAGCAUGACUCCUCUAACACUUGGACUGUAUCUGCCUCUGUGGUUCUGUUAUGGCCUGGCUCAGUCCUCUUUUCUGGACAGCUUUGUUUCAUUCCCAGCAGGUAAGAGCAACAUAUUCUUAAGUCCAAAUGAUCCUGCAUGCGUGUGUAUGUGUAAGUGUGUGUAAGUGUGUGUGUCAUACUGUACAUACAGUACAAUGCAUGCACAGGUAAGAGGAAGGAUGGGCUUUAAGAGCCCAGUAUGUAGUCUGUCAAACUAGUCUUGGAGUUUAUUUUGAGCUUUUAUGUUAUAAAAUCUACUUGUUAUUAUUUUCUUGUUGUCCAUGAGGUGGACUGGAAAUGCCUCUAUAAAUAGCAAGACCAGCUCCAGCCGUUCAGUGAGACGCACACAGGCACUUCGUAUCUGUGUCCAGCUCUAGAAACUCUGCCGGACGGCUGUCAUGAUUUGAUAGUUUGCACCUGUUUCCCUGUGGCUUAAGCUCCUAGUACAGGUUUUUUACUUCUCUUACCUCCUCUUCACACUCUAUUUUGGACAUUUUUGUAACACAAAAUAUUCACCCUGGUUGCCUAUGCAUGUCCAAGUAUCAUUGUGACUUAAGCCUACUCCUCUGGUUUCAAUAAAGCGUCGAAUAAUCUGCAGGGUUUUUGAAGGAGCAUGACCUCCCCUGACUCCUCUCUUCUAAUUUUGACAUCCUUGCCUGUGGGACUGACUGCAUGCACCCCUCACACAGCUCUCAGAUCCCAGGAGCAGCAGAAGAGGUUCAACCCAUGCUGUUUGCUGAGUCCGCCUCCACCCCCACUGUUUCCUCCACCCCCUUCACUUUGGCGCCGCCACGCUCAUGUGAGUCCAAAGUCAUGUGACUUUCUAUUGUGGAAUAUCUGUGUGUUGAUAAUAUGUCCUUGGGUGGCGUCCAAUUGGCCCUGCUCUUAUUUUGACCCCUGAAUGACACCAUAAAAACACUCAAAUGGGGAAAAACAUGACAAGGAAGAUUUGGCCGACGAAGGCUGAACUUCAGGAGAACUUUUACAAACCUUAUCAGCACCACCAAGUUUAUUCUGUCGACUCUUUUCUAUCCAGACACCUGCAAAAGAAGUAUAGAUUUAUCUUAUUUUCUUAUUUAACAGAUUGAAGGUGUAUCAUCACAUGGAGAGUCAGAGCCAGGCAAUGAGGACAAAGGCUCUAACUGUGUACGAGGCCCUCCUGGGCCAGCUGGUCCUCCUGGCCUUCAGGUAGAGUCCAGACUUUUCCUCUACAGUAGAUUUUACACAACUCCAACCUUGAAUUCCGUGUCAGACCUUUCCUGUGUCCUGCUGAGGCCUGUGUCAUUUUUAGUGUUAAGAAUUAGUUUCCAACAGCAUGACCCCACCUUCUCUCCAACUUGAGAGUUCCUGCAGAGCAGGAGAUGGGGAUUUCUCUGGCCCAUGCAACACAGCGGCCCAUUAACGCUCUACAUUUAGCUCAGACACAAAUAGCCUUUUUCCACUGCCUGCCAGUGCACCACACAUCAUUCUCAGAAACUGUCCAAAGAGCUGUCUGCCUGGAAAGGCAUACUGGGAUGCGUAAAUUCCAGGGAUUACCAGCCCAAGCAUGUGUCUGUCUGUUUGUUUGUUUGUUUGUGUUCUCUGGUGAUGAGAGAUAUUAUGAGACAUAUUGUUUUAAUAGAUUCUUGUAAACCAAAUCUCCUCUUUGAGCAAGGCUUACAGUUCGUAAAAUGCAGAUUCUCUCGGUGAUUGUAAGAGCUUUGCCCAGCUCAGGCUGUAACAGUCCCAGCUGGACUGCAGCAGCAUUUCAUUUUAUCAAAAGAGACCCGUGAGGCACUUUUUAAAUCAAUAGUGACCACUCAGCCUUUAGCUAAUUGAAACUGCAGCUGUGGGCUUCCAGGAGCAGGCAUGACUGUGUAGUGGGAGGUUGUGGACAAUAAAACUAGUUUGGAUAAAUAUGUGAUUUAUGGGCAUAUGUCAAAUGUUUAUUGCUUUUAUGAUCAUCAGGGUCCACCUGGAUUGCCUGGGAUAGGAGGGCCCAAAGGAGAAAAGGUAAACUGUUUUCUCACCUUUGUUUUAGUCUCAUUUAAGGGCCUCAUUCCACUAACUGCUCAUUAUCCCAUGAAUUCAAUUUUAAUAAAACUAUUACUUAAAACUAAAAGAUGCUUUUCUGGAAGCAUGAUAAACAAUCCCUGUCCUUGUACUCUUCUCUGCAUCCUGUUGUCAGGGAGAAAUCGGAAGACCUGGGCAAAAGGUGAGAGUCUCCAUUAAUCACUCCAUGUUCCCACUAAGUGGAUUUACUCAAAAAUGAGAUACAUCGCCUCUGCCUGCUCACUCGCUGUAACUCAGAGCGAGCCCUGCCACUGCCUGGUUAUGUACAUCGAGAGAUUGUGAGCAAAAACAACCUUGACAGGAGACAGCACAGACACGCUGACAGGAUGCAAGGGAUUCAGAGCUGCUGAGACGGCCUGUUUUGAUGGCAAGGGGAGUUAAUAUGCAGGUCCCCUCUCACUGUUGACCCCUCAAAGACACCCAGCUUCUCAGUCAGAUGUCCCUUUCUCUUUAUUAAAACACAAACACAGCUUUAUUGGAAGCUCUGGAGUCUGGGUUUGAUCCCCUGAAUGAUCAGUCUCUGUGGUCAAGCAGUAAAAGCGGCCCGCUGGGAAAGCUUCACUGGUCGGUGGUCUGACUGAGCAGCUUUGCAGCACCGCAGUGCAAUUUAGCUUAGUGCUUCAGCCAGGUCAUAAAUCAUUUUAUUUCCCACAAGCACAAGCUCCUGUUCUAUAUACAGCCCAUCAUUUAAUUAAAGAGAGCAAAGUGACAGGGCUCGUUAAAGUCAUUCUCCCCCAACAUGUGCUGCAGCGUCUGAUAAAUACUGGAACAAGCAGCCUGUCAGCUUGGGUAGCAAGGGAAACAGACUUUUAUUUUAUAAAUAGAUAACGACUUCUUCAUCUGCUGCAGCAGUUGUUUUAUAAGUCUUUAUGAGGUAUCUCUAAAUCUGAGUCAUUAAGACUAGAUAUCUGAUUUCAGGGUCGGACAGGUCCUCCUGGACUUCCUGGAAAGCAGGGACCAGCUGGAUGGCCAGGACCAACUGGGCCCAAAGUGAGUAAGUCAGACCUUAUAAUGUAGAAAAUGAAUUAUUUAUACAAACAUGAGAUCUGAAAGUACAAACGCAAAGUAGUGAGAUGAUUAUCUACGAUUUUUAUGGGCUAACUUUACAUCUUAUUGUUUAGUAAUGAAAUAGUACAAACACGGAUUUUAGCAUUUGUAUCAAUGUAUAACUUUUGGUAGGGUGGUGUUUAGGAGGAUGUCUGUAAAAAAUCAAAUUAAUCAAAUUAGUUUCUGUGUGUGUCAGGGUGAGAAAGGAGACCCUGGACUGAUGGGUUUGCCUGGAGCCAGAGGACCAAUUGGACCACGGGUAUGAUCUACAUAUGAGCUCCUCCAAUCUAUUAUGACCUCAUUUUCACAACAGUUUCUUCAUGAUAUUAAAUAUUUGAUAUCUUUGUUCUUAAAUUAUAGGGUUUGCCUGGGUAUAAAGGGGAAAAGGUAUGUUGCUCUUUGAGAAUGAUCAUUAUCAGCAGUAAAAGCAAGAAGAAGAUUGACUAGCGGUUGUGUAACACACAGUGAUCUGCUCCAUCAGGGUUCUCGAGGUGAUCGUGGUGAGAAUGGAGCCAAGGGCGACAAGGUGGGCUGAGUUUAUUAGCAAGAAUGAUACGAAUGUAAACACCUUUUUGAUUCGAAGUUAUAAAUCCCCGCUCUUUCUCCGCAGGGUGGGAUGGGUUUCCCUGGAAUGCUUGGACAGAAAGUGAGAACCAUUCAAACCAGAAUGAUGAUUAAAUUUGUCCAGUAGAGUCACGGCUUUGACAGAAUUUGAUGCUGCGUUGCUCUGAAUUUUAUGUUUUUAGGGUGAAAUGGGUCCAAAAGGAGAACCUGGAAUCUCAGGAAACAGAGGGCCCACCGGGCGACCAGGGAAAAGAGGCAAGCAGGUGAGAAGUUUUAAAACUCUGAUACAUGUAGAGACUAAUUAUCAUAAUUCUGAUCUGAUUCUUUCAAAUGACUGGUUUGCCAUCAAAAUUGAAACUGUUUUUUAUUACUUGAUCACAAAAACAUUGUGUAAAGGAGUGGUUGACCAAUUACAGUUUUUUUAGUUGCUGAUGCCGAUACCUAUAAUGUGGGAGCAGGUUGGCUGAUAUCACAUAGUUGUUGUUUCAGUUUGAUAACGCCAACAAAUGCGAAACAGUAUUGCUGAACUCAAGUGAGGGUGUCAUUUAAUAGAAAUAGACAGACAAAUAUUUGGUUUAGUAUAUUGUCAUAAGGGACUUUUUGAUCCUUGUCCAGAUAUGUGAAAUUUAAAAGAAUAGAUAAACAAGGUAAAUAUUGAUAUAGUAAUUAAACUGCAUUAUUUUACACAUCCUAAUCAUCAGAAUUCCUAUUUAACACCAAACAGUCUUAAAUUUGAUAUGCUGUCAAAUGCAUUUUGCAAUACUGGCAAUAUCAGCCAAUAUGACACUGGUUUCAUCAAAAUGCCAUCUAUCGUCCUGGUUAACUGGCUGACCAACUAAUCAGUCUAUUUGUAAUGUUAAGGUUUUUAUUUUAAUCUCUUCUUUAUUGUUGUGACUGUGUUUCAGGGAAUGAAAGGAGAUCCAGGCAGUGUCGGUCCUAUGGGACCAGCAGGCCCACAGGGAGCUGCUGGUCAUCCUGGUCCUCCUGGUUCACCUGCCACAGGUGAGAUUUUACUUCUUUUCCAUUUUCAAUAGUUUUGAAACUUUUGAGGAUACUGGAUUACAAAAGCUGGCCUGCUUUCUACUGACAGCAUGGAUUUACCUUCAUUCACUUUAAAGCAGUCGGUCUGUGCAUAGCCCUGCUCUUUUUCUGCUCUGUGAGUGUGCGAAAAGCUGUGAUACCGGUGUAUUAAGUAUCAAACAUCUCUGUCAGCAAAUGGAAGCAAACUUUAGAGCAGUGUAAGAGGUCGCACCAGGGAAAUUUUAUCUCUGGAGACGAAACAGGAUGCUCUCACUGUGACAUCAUGCAGCUAAAAGUGAUUCACAGAUGGACAGUCACCCCCCAUUCACAAGUCUUACUGUAUGCCACCUGAUAAUUCAUGUGACUUUUGUUGUUUUGGUUUGACUUCAAUGAUCAAGUUUGUUUCUUGACAGAUGACUUAAAAAUGCUUUGGGUCACGACAAAGAGUAUUCACACCAGCCGGCCAUAACACAAUGACUACUGACAGGCCAAAUACAGUGAACAUGAUUGUACAUCUCUGUACAAUGGCUUCUGUCAGUGUGUGGGAUAUAUUAGGCAGUACAGGGACGUCUGGUUCCUAAAGUUGAUGUGCUGAAAGCAGGAAAGUAGGCAAGCAUUAGGAUGUGAGUUUGACAAGGACCAAACUGUUGUGGUUGGGAGAGCAGAGCCUCUCAAAAACUACAGUCCUUGUGGAAUGUUCCUGGUCUGCAGUGGUCAGUAGCUACCAAAAGUGGUCCAAGGAAGGAAAACCAGUGAACUGGUCACAGGGUCAUGGACGAUCAAGGUUUAAUGGAGCAUGAAGGCUGGCCUGUGUGGUCCAGUCCAACAGCAAAGCUACUGGAGCUCAAAUACCAGGAACAUUUUAAUGCUGGUCCAGACAGAAAGGCGUCAGAACACACAGUGUUUAUUACAGUUUGUCAUGUAUGGAGCAUGAGGGUGCCCAUCAUGACCCCUGUCCACCCCCUAGAGCACCUUCAAAGGGCAUGCUGGUACCCGAACUAUACCACAGAGAAGCGAAAGAAGGCGGCCUGAAGGUGUUGACUCGGUCUCCGAAGUCCUCAUAUCUCAGUCCAGUCAAGCAUCUUUGUGAUGUGCCAGCCAACCAAGUCUCAUCAGCACAGGCCCUACCUCACAACUGCCAGAAGUAAAAGGAUCUAUUGCAAAGGUCUUGGUGCCAAAUACCACAGCACACCUUCGGAAGUCGAGAGGAGUCCAUGAUUCAUUCAGUCAGAGCUGUCUCAGUCCUGACCUGCGCAGCAGAGGACCUACAGUAUUCAGCAUGUGAUCAUAAUGUUAAAGCUUACUGAUGUAUAUCAUCUAUCAUGGACUGUGACCUCAGUGUGGUCUACCUUUGUUUCCUCUACUUAUCCAUUUACUAUUUUUCUUUAUUAUUAUUAUUAUUAUUAUUAUUAUUAUUAUUAUUAUUAUCAUUAUUAUUUUUAAUGGUAUCUUGUUUCCUCUCUCUGUGUAUGUUCAGGGCUAUACAUGGUUGGAUCAAAGGGUGCACGAGGUCCACCAGGGCCUCCUGGAAAGUGUAGCUGCGGCUCUGUCACCACUUUUCCAUAUGAUGACUACCCUUCAAGAGGAACUUAUGCCAAAGUACCUGCGGUGAGAAGUUCAUUGCUCUAUUUAAUGCAACAGCACUUUACACUUUACAUACAGAUAUAGAUCAGCAACGUUGACAGUAACUCUAUAAAUUCACUUGAGUACUAUACGUUAGUACAUUUUCUUACUAUCUGCAUCUUAGGUCUAUUUGAGUAUUAUUCUUUGGGGGGAUUACUUUACUCCAUAAUAUUUAAAAGAAAGAUAAUGUACUUUUGACACCACUACAUAUUUGUUCACAUCAUGUGUCUAUGGUUGGACCUUGCAUGAAUGCAGAGCUAACCCUGCUUACAUCAGGCAGUUCAGUGAGAGGUGGUAAUGAUGACUACAGCAGAGAAGGCUUCUGAUUUUCCACCUGAGCAUCCAUGGUUAUAUCUUAAGCCUAUGUUUCAGGAUUUGGAAAUGAAGAAUGAUACAUUACAUUUUCAGUGUUCCCCUGGUUUACCUCGCACAAACUUCAUCAUGGCCCAUAAAAAAAAAUCCUAUCCAAAAUGAGAGAGAAUGUGGAGCUUUGUAAGCAUUUAUUGUAACCUAUUUCAGAUGAACUAUUUUAACUUAAUUUUCUGUGCUGGUGUGUCUAAGUUGUUGGUUUAAUUAUAUGGUUGGUUGUUCUUAUCCUCUGGUAUGUGGGUUAAAAAAAAUAAAGCUUUCUAGAUAAACAUUACAUACUAGAAUGUAGGCUAAACUCAUCUAUUCUUGAUUGCACUUAUUCUUUGUAUUAAUGCAACAAUGCUUUAAUGUAGACUAUGUUUUAUUUUGAAAAGUACUUAAGAUCCUUAAACACUUUUAGGAGCAAGAACUCCAGAACUUUAUCAAGGAAUAAUUUGACUGGGAAACUAUCACUUGUAUGGAAGUAAUAUUGAACAAGGAGUAGUAUCUUAUACUUUCACUCAAGUAGCCUAGCUUAUGAAGUUGCACAGGCCGACUGGGUCCCUUACAGUUUGUACAAAAUCUCUCAACACAUCUCUUCGUUUUAAAAGAACCUCAUUGAAAAUGUUUUUCAAAUUCAACUUUUCUUUUUCAUUUAUCUAUCUUUGAGGAGCCUAUCUAAAAUUCUCAGAUAUGAAAGUAAAGAGUCAGAGGAAAACCUAGCAUGGGGUUGUAGCAAAAGUUGAACCAGUGACACAACAAUAAGGACUGUUGCCACUGUAUAAAGGGAGAGCGUAAACACUAUAAGGCUAACCAGCGUCCCAGGUUCCAGUAAACUGAUUUCAGGGUUAAUGAUUCAAAUAUAUUCAAAUAAAAUAUAUUAAAAAAUGAAAAAGAUAAGCCGAUGCUUACUGAGGUGGUAACAGCUUUCAGACACUACAUCUUGCAAAGUUAUAUUAUUUUGAAGCACAUUCCCUUAAAUUUUUAUUUCAGCUGUCUAAGUGUGACCUGAAAUGUGAACUUUGCUUUGGUUCAGAUUUUUGUUGUGAGCAAUGAAGAGGAGCUGGAGCGACUUCAAACAGAUAACGCUCUUGCUUUCCGCAAAGAUCAGAGAUCUCUCUAUUUCAAAGACAUCGAUGGCUGGCUGCCAAUCCAGGUACUAUUUCAUGGGUUGAAAUCUCAACAGCCCAUUUGACCUUUUUCUUUUAAAUCAACAUUUUAAUUUCAAACAAGAAUUUCCCUAUGUACCAAGUUUUUAAACUCUGUCAAAGACUUUCCCAUUCCAGCUGACGCCGUUCCAGUCCAUGGAAAACGCUCCUGAUGAUGAAGGUUACUGUGGGGAUGGAAUUGUGCAGAUUUCCAGUGGGGAGGAAUGUGAUGACAGAAACCGAGUUGUCACAGACGGCUGCGUCAGUAAGUCAUGUUCCUGUGUUUGGUGGUCAAUAAUAGCUUCUUGGUGUGCACUUUGCUGGGUACAGAAAACAUGACCCUUCCACCUCUGCUCUCGCUGUCUCACAGAGUGUAAACAUGCCUACUGUGGAGACGGGUACCGCUACGAGGGAGCAGAAGAGUGCGAUGGAAAGGACUUUGGAUACCAGACAUGCAAUUCAUAUCUUCCAGGGUAAGUAAACCAUCAAACUCUGCUCUGACAGAAGUGUUUAUGACUGGUGAAACAUACUGAAAGCAUGUUUUUUUCCUCUUAUUUCCAGGUCAUAUGGUCACCUCAAGUGCACACCUUACUGUGUUAUUGACUCCACAAACUGCAAGUACUUCACUUGAGGAAGAAGUUGGACAGUGUAGCGGCAUCCUGUGUGUUAUUUGCUUGACACAAAACAGGAAAGUUUUCAUGCAAAAAAAAAAUAUUAUUGAUGCUCCAAACAAGAGACUCUGAAGAAAGAGGCAGCCACCGAUUUAAUGAUGAAAGAAAGCAUUAAACUCACAUGUAUAUAACUCCUCUGUACUGCUGAUGAGAUGCCACGAAAGCUCCCUGGAGUUAUAGCCAUUUAGUGGAGGUAGAAAACCUUCAUCCACACUUAGAGAAAAGGACAACUGCACUCCGUCUUAAAAAGCCAUGGAUUCAAGGCUAACCUCCUCACCACGCCCUAAUGAACCAGAAACUUUCCCUGGAUGCAACAGUUGUGUGUCAACCACACAGACACUUAAUGAAGUGAUGGAGGGAGGAGAUGUUGCAGAGGAGCAGUAGCCGGGCCAGAGGCGUUUUGAUCUUGACCCUUGCACUGUUGAGAGAAUAAAAAAAGAGGCAGUGGGACAUCCAGAGCCAUGGCCUCAGGUAUUCUGCUGCAGUGUGAAUGACAGUACACAGCAUUUGCAUGAGGCUGGGAUUACUGAGACCAUGACAGCAGCUGUCACAAUCCAAGCAUGUAACUCCUCACUUCACUUAAUAUUAUCACAACAAGGUUUGGACUGCAUAGUGUCAAAAUCACAUCUGAAAAUCAGUUGUGAAGGUAAACCCAGGCACAUACUGUACUCACAGGAGGCAACACAUUAUAUGGAUAGUGCACUUGUAAAAUCUGAGUGAGACUGUUCCAUCAGAAAGCCACAUUUCAGGGGCUUCAUUAGCUCAAGGAGCCACCAAAACUUGACAGGGAUAGUUAGUCAGGACAAGGUUUGAAACAAAAAUACCAAAAUUUCUCAGGUACCAACAGGUAACUUAGCUCAAUGCAUCAUCUUUCUCAUGCACCCUCCAGAACUCUCUUUGUAAAUGAAAUGGCAUUGACUGUAUACUGAAGUGCACAGGAAACUCAGAGAAAAGCUGUACAGAAUCUGAAAGGAUUGAGUUUCACCCCUGCGUCUCAGUGAGGAAAGAAAUACUCUGUAUGUGAAGGCUUGAAACUGUUACGUUCUUAAUUUUCCCACGGCACAGGAAAGGCUGGAAUAGUCUGUUUAGCUGCUAAAAGGUGGAGGGAUAAUUCAAUUCCAGCCUGCUCUAUGGUCAUUACUGUAUUUACUCUAAUACCUCUCUAUCCAGUCUUUCUGUCUUACAGUGUAAACAGCAACAGAGAAGCUCAACAGUAACUUAACGGUGUAGAUGUAGUCUGCUGUGUGUGUGCGUGUGUGUGUGUGUGUGUCGGGUAAAAAUGACUGCCGGUGUAUAAGCUGACGUUUCAUAAGCUACUGUAUAAGUCGCAGUGCCAAGGAAGACUUUUCUCAGCCAUAUUUAGAUGUAGUCAGGUGAUAUUAAAGCAACUGAAAGAUGAAGACUGUUACUCUAUUGUCUCUGCAUGCUUGUGCUAACACACUAAUGAGUGUGUGAGGCACUCUGGCUUUGUAAAUGAUCUUAGCGUUCAUCAGUAUAGCAGGUGUCUUAAGAGGUAUUGUGUGUGUGUGUGUGUGACACUUCUUAUAUGAUAUUGAUGAACUGUGCUGUAUGUUGUGUCUGUGGCCUGUGCUGUUCUGCUGUAUCCUGUCCCGUGUAUGCACAACACUGCUGAAACAUAACAUGCAUGUGGUAACGUACUGUAAGGCUUUAUAAAAACAAAGUAUGCACAGUGACCAGGAUAGUCAUUUUCUUUUAUUACUCUGAUAUGAUUUAUACAGUAGUUGUGGAUAAUUUUCAAAAGAAACAGAAAUAAAAUGAUGAAACUCACUCAAA